AUGGCACCGCAGCUGGCAUGGGUUGGGCUAGGGAAUAUGGGCAGAGGCAUGUGCAAGAAUCUGGUCGAGAAGGGCAAUCUAGACAAGCCAUUGAUUAUCUUCAACCGAACAAAGAAGCGCGCGGAAGACCUAUCCGCAACACUCGAUACCGGUAAAGCGAAAGUCGCCGAAAGUAUCGAAGAUGCCGUUGCACAGUCAGACAUUAUCUUUACCUGCGUUGCGGACGACAAGGCCAUCAACGAUACCAUAGACACUGCACUUAAAAGCGACGUCAAGGGCAAACUCUUCGUAGACUGUUCCACCGUUCAUCCGGACACUACGAAUGGACUGGGUAAAAGAAUCGAAGAGAAGCGUGCUUCGUUCGUAGCGUGUCCAGUUUUCGGCGCACCGGCUAUGGCCGACAACGGUCAGUUAGUCUGCGUGCUCGCUGGCCCUAAAGCUGAAGUCGAGAGAGUCAAGCCGUAUACCACCGGCGUGAUGGGAAAAGCGGUGAUAGAGUUCAGCGACCAACCAUACGGCCAGGCCACACUGUUGAAGAUCAUCGGCAACACCUUCAUUCUCCAAAUGGUUGAGGCGUUAGCCGAAGGUCUUACUGUCGCUGAGAAGUCUGGCCUCGGUGUGGAUAACCUCCACAAAUUUCUGGAGGCAAUGAUGCCUGGGCCGUAUGCCGCAUACUCAACCAGGAUGCGGUCCGGGGACUACUACAAGCGGGAGGAGCCGCUCUUCCAAGUUGACCUUGCAAGAAAAGAUGCUGGACAUGCAUUGGCAUUAGCCUCUGCUUGCGGGGCUAAGAUGCGCGCUGUCGAAGUGGCUGACAGCCAUCUGGCGAGUGUCAAGGAGCAUGUCGGAGAAAAAGGAGACAUCGCUGGCAUUUAUGGCGCAGUCAGACUGGAAAGCGGCAUGAAAUAUGAAAACUGA